AUGGCGUACGGGUGGCUGCUGUCGGCGGCGGCGCUCGCCGCCGCGCUGGCCUCGUGGGCGUUCGACGCGCUGGUGCGGCUCGUGUGGCGGCCGCGCGCGGUGGAGCGUCGGCUCCGGGCGCAGGGCGUGCGCGGGCCCGGGUACGGCUUCUUCCACGGCAACCUCCGCGCCGCGGGCGCCGGCGUCAGGCUCGCCGUUGCCGGUCACGACUUCACCCCCAUCGCGCAGCCGCAGUUCCGGGAGUGGGUGCCCCGGUACGGGCGCGUGUUCCUGUACUGGUUCGGCGCCACGCCCAACAUCUGCGUGGCCGACCACGCCGUGGCCAAGCAGGUGCUCGCCGACCGGACGGGGACCUUCAUAUAUAUUAGCACAGGGAAGCAGGAAAGCACGAGCACGUGCAUGGAGCUGUUUGGUUUGCGUAUGAUGACCGCGACGAUGGCGGAUUGCGCCCGGUCAAUGGUGACGGGCUGGGAAGCGCAGCUGGCGAGCCAGCAGAAGGAGGGGUGUCACCAGGUGACGAUCGAGCUGAGCGACCAGUUCGAGGAGCUCACUGCAGACGUGAUCUCUCACACAGCCUUCGGGAGCAGCUAUAAGGAAGGGAAGCAGGUGUUCCAGGCACUCAAGGAGCUGCAGUUCAUCACCUUCUCAACACUUUUCAAUGUCCAAAUUCCAGGAUUCAGGUAUCUUCCAACUGAGAAGAACCGGAGGAUGUGGAAACUCGACAAGGAGGUGAGGACCACGCUCGUGAAGAUCAUCAAGAACAGGCUCGCCGCCAGGGAGGAGAAGGCGGGAUACGGGAACGACCUGCUCGGGCUGAUGCUGGAGGCCUGCGCGCCGGAGCACGGCGGCGACCAGCUGCUGAGCAUGGACGAGAUCAUCGACGAGUGCAAGACUUUCUUCUUCGCGGGGCAGGAGACCACCUCGCACCUGCUCACCUGGGCCAUGUUCCUGCUGAGCACGCACCCGGACUGGCAGGAGAAGCUCCGGGAGGAGGUGCGGCGUGAGUGCGGCGACGACAGAGACCGGGCGCCCACGCACGACAUGCUCAACAAGGUCAAGCUGAUGAACCUGUUCAUCCUGGAGACGCUGAGGCUGUACAGCCCCGUCCCGCUCAUCCGGCGGAGGACGAGGGCGGCGGUCGAGCUGGGCGGCAUCGUGGUGCCCGAGGACGCGAUCCUGACGUUGCCGAUCGCGACGAUGCACCGCGACCGGGAGGUCUGGGGCGAGGACGCCGGCGAGUUCAACCCGCUGCGGUUCGACGCCGGCGUCACCAAGGCGGCGCCCAAGAACCUGGGCGCGCUGCUGGCGUUCUCCGGCGGACCGAGGUCGUGCAUCGGGCAGAACUUCGCGAUGAUGGAGGUGAGGGCCGCGGUCGCCGCGAUCCUGCAGCGGUUCAAGCUAAAGCUGUCGCCGGAGUACGUGCACGCGCCGACGGACGUGAUCACGCUACGGCCCAAGUACGGGCUCCCCAUGAUCGUCACAGGUGCCGAUGCGUAG